UGAGUUCUGUUGACUCAUCAAGCUUCUGGCUCUGAUGAUUCCAGACUAUAUUCUAAAUUCUAGUGCAGUUGUAUAAUUAACUGAGUUCAUAAACCUUUGUUUGCUUUCAGAUUAUGCGGUGCAAAUUUUCCAUGAUGCUGCCGAUUCCGGUGUUCAUGUGUGUCCGCUGAAAGCUGAAACUCGUUUACCAAUGAUGUACGUGGACGACUGUCUUCGAGCGAUAUCCGAGUUUAUGGAAGUUCCUAACGAAAAACUGACUUUGCGUACGUACAAUAUUGCUGCGAUGUCGUUUACUCCGGCAGAGAUAGCCCAAGUAAUUCGUCGCUUUGUGCCGAAUUUUCAAAUCAAGUACGAAGUCUGCCCUAUUCGUCAGUCCAUCGCUGAUUCUUGGCCGAAGCGAUUCAACGACCAAGGAGCUCGCAAAGACUGGGGUUGGAAACACGAAUACGACUUGAACAAAAUGGCUGAAACGAUGUUCAACUUCUUUGCCAAUCAUCGAGCGGAAGUUUCAGACAGCGUCUCAUCAGCUGCUCGCGGUGCCAUGUAA